AUGCCAACUUCUGCUGCAGCUGCCUUGCCUGGUUAUCUGGGACUGACUUCGACUGUUCGUUUGUUUGCCAGCAUUCCCAAACAGCACAGGUGUGACUCAAUCAGAAACACACUGGAAGACUGGCUGCGCAGAGUCCGCGAUGUGAAGACAUCGGAAACAGCGCAGAAGACGGCGCAGCAAAAAUCGCUGACAAGCGGUCGCAAAAUCCUCAAUGGUGUAACUUCAAGCGCACUUCUGGCUGCUCGGAACGCCUGGUUCGGCGUCGGCAGUGUCAUAGAGCGCCUUAAAGAUGUAGAGGCCCUGUACCCCGGCCUCUUCGGAACUACCACUGCAGGUGUUUGCUUCAUGACAGCGCAGCAUACGAAGUUCACUGUCGAUUUUCUGAUGGCGAAAGUAGGACUGCCGAACGAUGCAGAGAGCGUGUCGCUGGCAGACUAUCUUGCUUGGAGCAGUCCUUCCACAGAUGAUCUUCUCCAGGCAUGGCUUAUGAUGAACUAUGACAGGGAUGACGAAGAGUGCAUACGCGACGUUACGUCGCUGCUUCGCAGAGGCACAUGGAGUUACCUAUAUUUCCCGGCUGCAGACAACAACGGGCGGCCAGCUGUUUUGUUUCUACUCUUCAUCGUCCACGACAUGAUGGGAUGCAUUGCAGCCGUGGAUUCCAUUGUGGACCCCACCUGUGAUUUCAGGGGAGGCGCUUCUGAUCAGCGCGAUAUACCACAGACACAUAUAUCAGCAAAGGACUUUUGGCAGGAGCUCCAGGCCGGACAUACUGACGGUGAGCAGGAUAAGUGGCAUCAGACGGUGCGAGGCAUCCUACUGUCUCACCCUGAGAGCUUAGCAGACCUGCCGCAUCUGGUUGAUCUGCUCCCAGAUCCACGGGAACGUGCGGCUAUGUCUAAACGCAGGUGGGAAAAGCUUCUAUGCAGGUCGCGCGUUUUUCUGGACAUGUUCGAAGAAAAACGAUACGCUCUGCUCUUCCAGUACAUGCACGCAGAGGCAAAGAAGCUGGCGCAGGACAACAAAGCUUUCUUAUCCAACAUCUCGCAUCCGGAGGAGAUUGCCAGCAGCGAUCGCCAGCAGUGGCGUUGGGAUGUCUCCUUGGCUGUUGUGCGUCUACAACUUCUCCUUGCCCACAUGGAAAGAGAGAGAGCAGCUCAGGAGCCGCGAGACACAUCUGCGUCAUCGCCUCCUGCAGCUGCUUCUACUGAUGCGCUUGGCGGCUCCGGCUCCAUCGACUUUGCGCAAAGAAAGCGUCUUCAGGCAUCUUGGUUGGAUGCCUGCAGACGCAAGGCAGCGCGACUGGCUUCACCGAACAACGGCCUCUUACCCAUGCUGCAUCGGCCUACCACUUUUACCUUCCCGUGCUCACCGGGUAGUUUCGACGCAGGCGCUGCGCCUGAUGUUGACGUGCUCAAGCUGCUGCGAGCACAUCCCAGGGAUUACAGGAUUCGCUUUCAGGCCGCUGACCACACCUACUACAUUGGUGGCGUGCAAACCAAGGGCUCUGUCACAGGAGUGAUCCAUACCUUCUGCACACCGUUCGAGGCUGAUAGCGUCAUCACAAAUAUGAUGAAUGGCACGCGCUGGCCUCGAGCUGGAUACCUGAAACACGAGGUUUCGUUCACUAACAUGAGUCGUCUCUCUGCGCUGUGUCCAGUUUUGUUGGAUCUGUACGCUGGCAGCCCAAGAAAUGACGCGCGCAUCAGUGAUCUCUUGCGGGAACUUGCCAGGAAUCACGACAUCGAGGAUGAGCUCUUGCAAUUGACAUUGUCCAGGGAAGAGAUUAAAGCUAUGUGGGCAGCUGCAGGGCAGGAAGCAGCUCACUACGGCACAUACAUGCACUACAUAUUUGAAGCUUUUCUCAAUGGCCAUCACGUGCCCACAAGCUCACCUGAAGUCAGGAUGCUGCGGAACUUCCUUUGCUCCUUGGCGAGAGGUACAACGGCAUGGCGGACCGAAUGGACAAUCUACGGCGAGGAAGAACAGCUCGCUGGCUCUAUCGACUUCUGCGCUCGUCUGGCGGACGGAAGUCUGAUGCUGGUCGACUGGAAGCGCACAUCAGGGCUCCAGAGCAAAUACAGCUCACCGCAGCGUAUGCGUCCGCCGCUGGCCCAUAUGGCCGACUGUACAGGUGUCCGCUACAGACUACAGCUCAAUGUUUACAGACAUCUACUGGAAAAAUAUUACGAUGUGAAAGUUUCUUGCAUGUUCGUGGUAUGUUGCCAUCCCGAACAUGAUCCUUUCGCCUUCAUCGACAGGGUUCCGCGACUGGAGCAGGAGACUAAAGAGAUGCUCCGCGUCUGGCGCGGCAAUCAUGAAAGCCGGAACCUUUCAGGUACAAGGUCUCUUCAGGGCGGCAAUGACGUGUGCGGCGGCAAGCAAGCGGAAAUUUGCGCCGCAGACCAAAUAGCUGAGCUGACUUCACACGAGGAUUUCCUGAUGGUGGCGAUCCCACUUGCUCACCCUGUCCCGCUUCGGCCACUGCCCGACCAGUUCGUGCCCCCGAUGCACGACGAAGAUGAUUCUGACGACAGCGAAGCUGGUUUUUGGGAUUCCAGGAUUGAUUGGUAUGAAAGAGCACAAGCACAUUUGCAGGUUCAAGCUGAACACAUUUCACUUGACGUGCUGGGCGGAGCGUGUGCCGUGACACUCCAUGGUGACCUCAUGUGGCUGCUUCCACGGUUUUUUGAUGAGUAUGGCGAUUUGCACACUCUUGCAAAGUGCAAUCGCGAACUUCGUAACAUCAUCUUGACCAAGAAGUACUGGUGGGGCGCUCAUAUUUCUUUGUGCGUGGCAGAGCUGGCGGACAACCCUGUGGCCCUCCGCAACGCGGUGUCUCUUUUUGAGGAAGCCGCCGCCCGAACCCUGGACCUCUGCCAAAUCCCACUCCUCAACGCAAUGGCAAACCGGGUGCUGGUUAACUGGCUGGCGCGGCAACUACGACUACCUGGAAACGAUGUACAAGGCUGGGUUUCAACGCAUCCGCUUCUGGGUGCGGUGAGAUUUGGGCUGAAGCUGCCUAGGGCCACCAGGUCCAUCUACAUCGGCGCGCUGGACGCCGGGAGAAGCGGUGUUAGGUCCUACAUCUGGAUCAAGGACCCUUAUGGCAUCUGUGAGGUUUGGCUAGGGAUCAGCGGGCGCCAACGCACUCAGUGGCACGGUGCGAAGCUACAGGAACACUUUGCGCCAUCUGGCCACAUGAAUGUUUUCCUACUGAGCUGGACUAGUGUUGCGUGUGCCGACUUCGACAACGACCCUUUGGAGCACCGCUGGGCUGCCUGUCCCUGGUGUCAGUGCUGGGUUUGCGCAGAGCACACGACUACCGCACCUUUGGAACUCUGCCCUUGCUGCGAAGGCUGCGUUCUGGAGGACUUCCUAGGCGGCGCAAGCCAAGCUUCAGAUACGUUUCCGAUGGUAGGUGAAGCACCAGCCGAAGACGUCAAUGACCAGGCAGAGCGACGCUUGGUGGCCAGGGACGAUACUUAUCAGGCGGGCGAUGAAUUUGCGCAGGAGCUGGAACUUCAUCUAGAGGAUGCGCUGGAUAUGGACAGACAAGAUCGCGACGCUCGGCUGGAACAGGCCAGGAAAAGACGUCUUCUUCCAGGCGCAGACACCACCAUGAGCGAGUUCCGAUCCUUUUUCGAUGAUCUGUCUGGCACAGCUUAUGAAUAUCUGGCAGAAGUUCCUCGGCUGGCCAGCGAGGAAGAACCAACUAUUCCUUCUAAGGUUCUGCGAAUUCGGGAACUGAUCCUGCGAAGGUUACCUCAUAUGGGUGAGGCCCUGGUCAGGCUCAUCACAGCAGCCAUUACUGUCUACAGGCUUCGCUUGACUGACUUGCAUUUGCGAGAAUUGGUAAUGCUCCUGUGGAUUAUAGAGGGAGAACAGUUCAUGCGAUGUCACGACGGCAAUCUGUACUUCUUCCAUUUGGGAGCUUUCGCGCUUCACAAAGGUGUUCCACCGCAAGCAACCCUUGCACGCUGCAAGCGCUUUUUCCUGCAGCUAGAGGGCCUAUUCAGAUUAAUGGGGACGGCGAGGCUGUCCACGGACGAUGAUGUGUUGGAUGCUGUUAGGGCUCUUCUGGAAACCAGGAACAAUUCUGCCAGACAACUUCUACUGGAAUGUGAGGACGCGGCCUCUGGCCAUAUUCCGCGCUCGGCUGGCGCCAGUAGGGGUCGUGCUCGGGGCAGCGCGCAGGCAGCCGACGCGGACUCUCUUGAAGCGAUUCCUGUUGCGAGUUCAGAUGGUCGAUGCGCGGGGCUGGCAGACGCCCUAACAAAGGCCGGUUACAGUAUGCAGAAUGAACUUUUGCGAGAUAAGAUCUUCAAUCUUGUUGUUGAGUGGUGCGAUAGCCCACAGACACGCUCAGCUGGCAUUUCCUAUACGGACUGUGCUUUUCUGUACGACCAGAUCCCGGGCCAGAACGUGACAUCAGCGAGAGGAGUACCAGAUGAGAAUAUCUAUGUGCGCAUCCCACAUCCACUCCUGGGAUACGGACUAGAUGACCCUGUUCUGCAGAGCGCGCAGCGAGCGCUGACACAGUUCUACUCGGAAACAUUUUGGCUAAACAACGACGUCUUUUCCUGCAACCAGGCAGCCAUCGCGCUGGCAAAACGUGGGGAAAACAUCGUUCGAUGUUUCAUUGGUGUGAGUCCAGGAGGCGUGGGCCAGUCGCUAUACAGCAGCCACCUGGACGCUGUUUACGGCUCGAAUCACCGCUUCAUAGAUCCAAACAUCUGGUAUAACGAGGAGGAGAUGAGGAAGCAAGUCUCGCAGUGCGCCGGCUGCUUCAUCCUUACCGCGCAAGAGAAGCCUGAGACUGGCAGAAGAAUGCGGGAAGACCUCUUCAAGAAGGCUUGUUCUGCUGAUGGCAUAGCCGGCCGCCCCCCUUAUGGAAUGAGCACUAGAAUGAUCGAGCUGGUGUGCUGGCUUCGGUACGAGGUGAACAGCAUGUUCACGCUCAGUGGCGUCACUGAAGGCAAUUUUCAAUCUGCUUAUCGCAGGGCAUUUGUUUGGGAGCCAAAGGCGCGCUUUCUGGACCCACGCGUCAUUUCGGGACCCUAUCCAGACGCAAACAUGGAUGGCUAUUUCAUGAAGAAUGAUGAGCUCAAGGACUUCCUUCGAAGCGGCCCAUGCGUAGCAGCUGCCCGUGGUCUACAGCAUGCUUUCGAAAUCAAGCAUUCUCGAGAUGAAUGCAGAAAGCUCAUCGAGGACUAUGCCGCCAAGCCACUGACCGAAGACAUGAUGAGGAAGGCAUGUGGCUUGCCAGCGAGAUGCCGAUCAGAAGAGCCUCAAGCAAACGUCAAUCUCCAGCUGCCAGUUGAGAGUACAAGUCAACAAGAAAGAGACGCACUGUUAAAAAAGCUCGCAAAUGUUCAGAAAGCAAUCGUUGAUCACUGUAUGGAAAAACAGAAGUCAGUGUUUACCAAAGGAAUGAUGCGGUACCUCACUCUGCCGACGGACCAUCCAAAAGACAUGACCAGAGAUAGUAUGUUUGAAGCUCUUCUGCGCAACGAGCUCCUCAUGCCCGCGAGUGGCCUCAGCAAGAAGUACAAGGAUAGCAGCUUUCCUUGGUUGGCCAUGAAGAAAAGACUUGCAGAUAUAGUGAGUGUACGCGCCCGAAAUGUGACGGCGACCUAUUCAGAAGUCCACGACCUUGAGGCCGCGAGGAAGUACAUUCAGGACAAUGCUGACAGAGAAGCAAACGUUGCGUGCAUGAUCGCAUACUAUGAGAACUUGAUUCGCAAGAUCGAGAAAAAAGAAGAUUCAUUGAGCAAGUUAUUGCCGGAUGGCCGAGCGUUGGAUGCCGGGCCAGCUUCCCAAUCGGCAAUCCCACCUGCAAACGAAGAUAUUACAUAUGAACGCACGUUUCAAGAUAUAGUUCGCACCAGAGCUUACGCCAAAGGCUCGAAAAUAGGCGCGCAGCGAAUGCCCCGGCUGUUGCAGUCUCUGGUUUGCCCCAACACACACGACUUGGACAUUGAGAACUCAGUGUUUGUGGUUCUGCGCCAGUUGCUCGACAAACUCAACGUGAACAAUGCCAUACCAUCUGCCGUUAUGGAAACUAUGGCGAGCUGCGCAAAGAAUCGGUCAACAGUCUGUCGGGAGAAAUUAAAACUUUCCGUUGAAAAAGGAAAGAAAGUGCUUCACACAGUUCUUUUUGGUGGUCAGAUCCCUGUGCAGUUGAGAGGGAAUGUCUUCAUGCAGCAGCUACAGCAGGCAUCCAUUUAUUUGCGCUGGGCGGCCUGUUCGCUUAUGCGCGAUGUGUACAGUGCGGUUGUUGAUUUGCCUGAUAAAUCGAAUCCGCAAGCGUCCACAUUACAUUAUCUAUAUGCUUGCGUGGAAGACUACAUCCUGGAGACAUGGACGGACUGCCUUACUCCCUACAGGCCAGCUCACCUCUCCCUUCACUUUGACGGAGUGAGGGUUGGUGGGUUUACGUCGCAGGUGGAAGUAAGCGAACUUUGCCAGGAAGCCAUGCGUGCCAUCAAGGAAAAGACUGGUUUCCAGGUGAACAUCAUCGAAAAGCAGCGCUACCUUUUUCGUCAGCUCUGUCGGACACCGGCAGAGAGCGUCGAGGAGCCGAUGGCAAACGGAGACUUGCGCCUGCCAGGCAAUUGCAUUCCGCUGGCCAUCGCCAGACUGAUGCCCGAGAAAGCUAAGGACAUCGAUAAGCUGCUUCGGGAAAACACUCACAAAAACAAGGAGGCCACCCAGCGUGCUUCGCGAUGUUAUUCCUCCGUGCUGACGCCCCUGUCCAUCGCUGUGGCGCCGGAGCAUGAGAUGAGCAUCGAGGACAAGGGCAAGUAUCUGUUGCACACCGAGCAUGGUGGCAAUCCGCACUGUUUGGCGUGUCAGGUGGGCGACAAUGGGCUGGUAACCUUGUGGGAUGGCAUCUACAAAACCACAAUGCGCUUGGACCAGCUUUUGGCCUUUGGCGAUAAAGCCAUGGACGCUGGCUCAUUCGUCGCCCUCAAGGUUAUAGGAAGUCUCAAUGCGGCGCAGGAAGACGAAGUCACUGUCUCUCCCGCAGAUGUGUUGUUGGGUCUUCACGCAGGGGCUGGUGAUCUGGGUGAGGAGUGGUCUCGGUGCCUGCAAAACCAGCUUGAGUGUCGGGGGCCGCAGCCAGGCUCGGACGACGAGUGCGAUGUGAUAACAAGAGAGGAGGACUUCGAGCCCGUCGUUAAAGCAGGCGAUAGACUGUUGAGGGAACUGCGAAAUGAGGUCGAUGCGGAAGAAAGCUCUUCAGAGAAACAACGCCGCAGCUGCCCCCUCUGCCCUUUCCGCCGCUUCCAGGAUCCAGGUCGCGUGAGGCAUCACAUCCGGUCCUAUCAUGUGGACAGGAAACAAUUCGUGUGCAGUAGCACCAAGCAGUUGAAGCUUUGCUGCGCCUUGUUCGACAAUGAUCAAUUGCGCGGCACGAUCAGAGGUUCCUAUUUGAGACGCAGUUCUGAUAUAUUGCGGACCACAGUAAAACCACCCCUGGCCAGCUCUACAAAUGAGAUCGACAGACACAUUCGCCUGGUACUUACAGACUCUGGCCCUGAGUACUGGAACACGAAAGCUGUUGUAGAUUCAGCUGAACUGCGACGGGUUCGUAAUCUGUACUACACGCGUGCUUUUGCUGAACUGGUCUACCGCGAACUGCUCAUGUGCCACGCUAAGUGCAAGGCGAAGCCACGGCUCGCAAUGUGGGUCCACAUGCAGGGGUCGCAGUUGACCUCGCUCCUGCCGACGGAUGUUAGACACUGGUGGCCGAUCAUUGAGGACGUCUUCACGUCCUCAGCAGUGCGCCGCCUGAGCUCGGAUAUGAUGAAGACCUUCUGUGACUCCAACGAGUUCGGGUAUCUGUCCUUGGAUGCCACCAUCAAAUGCUGUAUGGGUAUCAUGGGGCAGGAGUCGUACCGUGCCCCCAAACACAAAAGGGACGCAUCGCCCUUUGGCGAUGCUGACGCCCUGAGACGAGUACUAACAGUGCGAGGGCGCACUGGUGCUGUUCUGGCCAUGGUGCCGGUGCCUUCAGAAAAGGCAGAAGUGGUAAGCAUGGCUGUUGGCGAGGCGCUGCCUGCGUCUGGACUCCAGCAGGUUCAAUGCAUCGCGUCGGACGCCGCUUCCGUGAAGCUCUGGACACAGCUACGACGUGUGAUGACAGGCCUACAGUGCAUGAUGCUGGACCCUGUGCAUCUACCGAUAGUCUACGAGUAUGCUAUGUGGCGCAAGAAAACCGCAGGAGCUAUCUUCCUGCGUCGGGUUAUGAGCAAGUUCAACGCGGUCAGUGCAGAGCUUCCAGCAGACCACUGGGGUGUUUUUCACAGGGGCUAUAAUGUUGCCGCGUUGAAUCACGCCGAGAAUGUGUGUCGAAACCAAAUCGAGAGCAGCUCUAUGCCUAAGAUUAAAGCCCGAAGAGUAGUGGAAAAUUUGGAUACCUCGAGGCCGUUUCUUUCCAGGUUCGAAUUCAUCGAAAGCCUGGCCGCCUUGUCGGCAAUGUUUCCUGAGGACAUGAACAGGAAAGUAACAGGGGCAAACCAACGUGUGGCGCACGUUCUCUGGUGCGCAGCUGAUCCAGAUCGAUCGGCUUGGCUGUUCAACAACAUACGUUGGCGUCACACUUUAGGUCGAAGAGUCUUGGCUUUGCUACCGUCUGGGACAUCUUCGAACGAGGCCCUGCGCUCGGAGGUGAAAAACUGGUUCCGGGAGACGCAGCAGAUCCAUCAGAGCACCUUGCGCCUUAAGCUUCUGAUGUUGUGUCUGGGCAAGCAAAUUCCACACGUCCUUGCUAUGGUGAAUCCAACCAUAAGCCAGUGCUCAAGCCGAGUGCUUCUGGCACGAGCCGUAUCUAAUUCGCCAUGGACAGAGCUCACUUGGCAAAGCUGGUGCGCUGAGCUGGGCCGAGAGCGGCAAGUACAGAAAGCCUUGCUUCCGCACAGCGACAGCCGUGCAGUGGAAACCUUAGAGGUCCGCCAGUGGGCGAAGAAACGUCCAGCUGCUGUGCAGAAGGUUCAUCGAAAACGAACUGUUUUCACCCUAGCGCGAAGUUCCAAGUUGCGCACACAGGGAGUGCGCAAGCAGAAACGGUAA